UUUCUUUGUACGUUUCUCAAUAAUUUUCUCUCUGUUUUCUGUGUGACGGUGAAGAGGUGUGAUCUAAACAGACUGUCAUCAUAUAGGAAGUAGAGGGGUUUGUCAGAAGAACUGUAGUUGUAGAGAAAGUCACUUGUCAGUGGGACAGAAUGGACAACACAUUGCUCUGUGUGCUGCUCUUGCUGAGUAUCCUCAUCUACUGUGGACACUGUGGUGAAGAUGAUGCUCUGCCCAGAGCCUCAGUGAGUGUCUCUCCUCAGGGUCUCCUCUACUCUGGAGAUACAGUCACUCUUCAGUGUGACAUACCAGACUACACAGACUGGAUGUACUACUGGUACAUAAACAACCAACCAGGUUACAGUACACAUGAUAAAACCCUCACCAUCUCUCUCCCUGACCAUGCUGGUCAGUACCAGUGUUGGGGGACCAGGAGAGAUCAGCCCCAGAAGUCUCAACUCAGCAGAGCCCUCUCUAUCCAGCUCACUGCUCUGCCCACGGCCUCAGUGAGAAUCUCUCCUCAGGGUCUCCUCUACUCUGGAGAUACAGUCACUCUGCAGUGUGACAUACCAGACUACACAGACUGGACAUACCACUGGUACAUAAACAGCCAACAGCUUUCCAGUCAGACCAGUGAAACCAUCACCAUCUCUCUCCCUGACCAAGCUGGUCAGUACCAGUGUUGGGGGACAAGGACAAUGCGGCCCCAGUGGUCAAAUCUCAGCUCGUCUCUCCCCAUCAUCGUCACUGCUCUGCCUGAACCUACACUGACUGUAGAGCCAAACCCUGUGUUCCCUGGAGAGACAGUUACUCUGACGUGUUCAGUAGAGUCUGACAGUAUCUGGAACUAUCAGUGGUACAAAGACAGGAAUGAUAAUGUAGUACCUCAGUCUGUCAGACACACUAUAACAGGAGACAACCUCACCAUCAGUAGAGUUACUGAGUCUGACCAGGGUCUCUACUGGUGUCAGGGAGAGAGAAGAUCCAGACCCACAUCUUCACAACCAAGUAAUGUUAUUACCCUCACUGUGAAUGCUCUGCCCACGGCCUCAGUGAGUAUCUCUCCUCAGGGUCUCCUCUACUCUGGAGAGACAGUCAGCAUGCAGUGUGACAUAUCAAUGUCCACAGACUGGACGUACAGCUGGUUUAUAGGCUACAACCUCAAAUCCAGUACGCCUGAUAAAACCAUCACUACUCUGUCUAACCAGGCUGGUCAGUACAGAUGUGUUGGGGGGAGGACAGGUCGGCCUCAGAGGUCUCAACUCAGUGCUUUCCUCCCCAUCAGAGUCACUGAUUAUCAGCCGUCGACUACACUGACUUCAGACAAGGAGGACGUAUUCACAGGAGACAGUUUGACACUGAGCUGUACUGUAGAGUUUUCUGGAUGGAAGUUUUACUGGUACAGACACAGACCAGACUCUACACCAGUAACCACAACCUCUGGAUACUCCUACACACUCAGCAGGGUCAGUGUCUCUGAUGGAGGACAGUACUGGUGCAGAGCUGGGAGAGGAGACCCAGUCUACUACACCCUGUACAGUGACCCAGUCCAGAUACAUGUUACUGAGAGACCUGUUGCUGUUCUGACCCUUCAACCCAACUGGACCCAGAUAUUCAGUGGAGAGAUUGUCACUAUGAGAUGUGACAUACAGGGAGGAGGAGACCCUGACUGGAACUACAGAUGGUAUAAGAAUAGUCAGUUAGUGAUCCCCUUUAACACAAAGCCUGAGUACAGAAUCAGUCCUGUCUACAGGUCUAACAGUGAUUCAUAUACCUGUGAGGGUGUAAAGGGAAACAAACUCUCCAAUACCAGUGAUGCUGUACAACUGACUGUGUCUGAUAAACCCAAGGCUGUCCUGAGUGUCUCUCCUCAGUGGCUGAACCCUGGAGACUCAGUGACUCUGAGCUGUGAAGUUGACAAGAUGUCUACAGGCUGGAGGUUCUCCUGGUACAGGACUGUUCCCUACAGAGCUGGUUUACCCUCCCUAUCAGACAAGUCUUACUCUCUACAGCCCCUAUCUGACGAUGGGACUACUGAAGACUCCUACACUCUGAUCCCUGCUGGUCCUACUCCCACAGGAGGAUAUGUGUGUAGAGCUGGGAGAGGAGACCCAGUCUAUAACACACUCUACAGUGAACCUCAGUUUCUCUGGUCAGGAGAUCUGCAGCCUUCAGUGUCUCUCAGAAUAAGUCCCAACACAACUCAACACUUUACAUCAAAGUCUCUCUCCCUGAGCUGUGAGGAGAAGGGGAACUCUACUGGAUGGAGACUGAAGAGAUACACAGAGAGGGGAGUAGAGUCAGGGUGUGUCUCUAACUGGGGAUCAAUAACAGGGUCCACAUGUACCAUCAGGUUCACAUACACAUGGUUCAGUGGAGUGUUCUGGUGUGAGUCUGGAUCAGGAGAGUACAGUAAUGCUGUCAACAUCACAGUGCAUGCUGGUGAUGUGAUCCUGGAGAGCCCUGUCCAUCCCAUGACUGAAGGAGACUCUGUGACUCUGACCUGCAAAUACUGGACAACCAGCUCAAACAUCAAGACUGAUUUCUACAAAGAUGGAGUACUCAUCAAGAAUGAGACCACAGGAGAGAUGACCAUCCCUGCAGUAUCCAAGUCAGAUGAAGGAUUCUACAAAUGCAAAUCCCCUGACAAGGGAGAAUCACCAGAGAGCUGGAUGACAGUGAGAGUCGUAUCUCCUGGAUCCUCUACAUCAGUCCUAGUAGGAGUGGUUGUGGGUCUGGUUGUUGCUGGUGUUCUACUGGUCAUUCUCCUCAUCCUGCUGGGGAGAUUUAAAAACACCAAAGGUUCCUGUUUUAACAGAAUAUUCUUGCACCCCCAGCCCCAGAGCACCAACCAGGACCCCCAACAGGACCAAGGAUCUACCCAGGGCCAGGCUCCUGAUGCUGGGUAUACACUUCUGCAGCAUGGUCGGUUUCUCAACCCAGACCUCUACCACUCCUCUCUAUGUGGUGCUCACAUCUAUGAUACGAUCAAUCCCUCAGACAACAAUGUUAAUGAUGCUGCUGCAGGACCAAGUCAUGUGACAUACGCCCAGAUUCAACUCAAAAAGUUGGACAAGAAAAAGAAAGAAAAGCCAGCUGAUCCAAAAGAAAGUCCAGUCUACUCUGAGGUGAAGACAGGGAAAGUCACAGCAGCAGCUGGACCUGUUGAUGUGACCUAUGCUGAGGUUGACCUCCAAAAGAAGACCAAAGCCAAGAAGAAGCGAGAAACAACAACCCCACCAGAGGCAGAUUCAGUCUAUUCUCAACUGAAGCCAGACACAACCCCAGCUCUACAGGGAGGAGGAGACUCUGACUGGUACUACAGAUGGUAUAAGAAUAGUCAGUUAGUGAUCCCCUUUAACACAAAGCCUGAGUACAGAAUCAGUCCAGUCUACAUGUCUAACAGUGGCUCAUGUACCUGUGUGGGUGUAAAGGGAAACAAGCUCUCCAAUACCAGUGAUGCUGUACAUCUGAAUGUGUCUGAUCAGCCACAACCUGUCCUGAGUAUCUCUCCUCAGUGGCUGAACCCUGGAGACUCAGUGACUCUGAGCUGUGAAGUUGACAAGACGUCUACAGGCUGGAGGUUCUCCUGGUACAGGACUGUUCCCUACAGAGCUGGGUUACCCUCCCUAUCAGACAAGUCUUACUCUCUACAGCCCCUAUCUGACGAUGGGACUACUGAAGACUCCUACACUCUGAUCCCUGCUGGUCCUACUCCCACAGGAGGAUAUGUGUGUAGAGCUGGGAGAGGAGACCCAGUCUAUAACACACUCUACAGUGAACCUCAGUUUCUCUGGUCAGGAGAUCUGCAGCCUUCAGUGUCUCUCAGAAUAAGUCCCAACACAACUCAACACUUUACAUCAAAGUCUCUCUCCCUGAGCUGUGAGGAGAAGGGGAACUCUACUGGAUGGAGACUGAAGAGAUACACAGAGAGGGGAGUAGAGUCAGGGUGUGUCUCUAACUGGGGAUCAAUAACAGGGUCCACAUAUGGUGAUGUGAUCCUGGAGAGCCCUGUCCAUCCCAUGACUGAAGGAGACUCUGUGACUCUGACCUGCAAAUACUGGACAACCAGCUCAAACAUCAAGGCUGAUUUCUACAAAGAUGGAGUACUCAUCAAGAAUGAGACCACAGGAGAGAUGACCAUCCCUGCAGUAUCCAAGUCAGAUGAAGGAUUCUACAAAUGUUCUGUUGUCUCCAUCUCUCUGCCCAGGCUGCUGUGUGGUCUACUGGUGGUGUCUCCAUUUCUACUGGUGUCCAUCGUGCUGAUGGUGAAAUGCUGCAGGGCUCGAGAAUCCACCCUCCAACCUAACUGGACCCAGAUAUUCAGAGGAGAGACUGUCACUAUGAGAUGUGACAUACAGGGGGGAGGAGACUCUUACUGGCAGUAUGAGUGGCAUAACAACAGGAAGUUAGUCUACUCUAACAAAAAGCCAGAGUACAGAAUCAGUCCUGUGUACACGUCUAACAGUGGUUCAUAUACCUGUCAGGGUGUGAAGGGAAUCAAGCGCUCUGAAACCAGUGAUCCUGUACAUUUGACAAUUUCUGCUCUGCCCAGUGCCUCAGUGAGUGUCUCUCCUCAGGGUCCCUUCUACGAUGGAGAUACAGUCAGUCUGCAGUGUGACAUACCAGACUACACAGACUGGAUGUACUACUGGUACAUAAACAACCAACCAGGUUACAGUACACAUGAUAAAACCCUCACCAUCUCUCUCCCUGACCAUGCUGGUCAGUACCAGUGUCAGGGGAACAGGAGAGAUCAGCCCCAGAAGUCUCAACUCAGCAGAGCCCUCUCUAUCCAGCUCACUGCUCUGCCCACGGCCUCAGUGAGAAUCUCUCCUCAGGGUCUCCUCUACUCUGGAGAUACAGUCACUCUGCAGUGUGACAUACCAGACUACACAGACUGGACAUACCACUGGUACAUAAACAGCCAACAGCUUUCCAGUCAGACCAGUGAAACCAUCACCAUCUCUCUCCCUGACCAGGCUGGUCAGUACCAGUGUCUGGGGAAAAGGACAACGUGGCCCCAGUGGUCAAAUUUCAGCUCAUCUCUCUCCAUCAUCAUCACUGCUCUGCCUGAACCUACGCUGAGUGUAGAGCCAAACACUGUGUUCCCUGGAGAAACAGUUACUCUGACGUGUUCAGUAGAGUCUGACAGUAUCUGGAACUAUCAGUGGUACAAAGACAGGAAUGAUAAUGUAGUAUCCCAGUCUGUCAGACACACUAUAACAGGAGACACCCUCACCAUCAGUAGAGUUACUGAGUCUGACCAGGGUCUCUACUGGUGUCAGGGAGAGAGAAGAUCCAGACCCACAUCUUCACAACAUAGUAAUGUUAUUACCCUCACUGUGACUGAUUAUCAGCCGUCGACUACACUGACUUCAGACAAGGAGGAAGUAUUCACAGGAGACAGUGUGACACUGAGCUGUACUGUAGAGUCUUCUGGAUGGACGUUUUACUGGUACAGACACAGACCAGACUCUACACCAGUAACCACAACCUCUGGAUACUCCUACACACUCAGCAGGGUCAGUGUCUCUGAUGGAGGACAGUACUGGUGCAGAGCUGGGAGAGGAGACCCAGUCUACUACACCCUGUACAGUGACCCAGUCCAGAUACACGUUACUGAGAGACCUGUUGCUGUUCUGACCCUCCAACCUAACUGGACCCAGAUAUUCAGAGGAGAGUCUGUUACUAUGAGAUGUGACAUACAGGGAGGAGGGACUGACUGGAAGUACAGAUGGUAUAAGAAUAAUCAGUUACUGAUCCCCUUUAACACAAAGCCUGAGUACAGAAUCAGUCCUGUCUACAUGUCUAACAGUGAUUCAUAUACCUGUGAGGGUGUAAAGGGAAACAAGAUCUCCAAGACCAAUGAUGCUGUACAACUGACUGUGUCUGUGGCUGAACCCUGGAGACUCAGUGACUCUGAGCUGUGA